UUUUAGCUUUCCCUGCCCAUGGCGCUGCUUUCAAAGGGGACUUGUUAGUGCUUAGAAGAUUAGUAAGAAGUGGAGUAAUCAAUAUUAAUGAGCGGGAUGAUAAAGGAUCCACUCUCAUGCACAAAGCUGCUGGACAGGGGCACAUCCAUUGCUUACAGUGGUUGAUUGAAAUGGGAGCUGACUGUGACAUUACAAAUGAUGCUGGAGAGACUCCAAAGGAUGUAGCCAAGAGAUUUGCUCAACUGGCAGCUGUGGAACUUUUGACACAAAGAACCGGAGACAGUAACUCUAGUGAUGAAGAACUAGAUGCAAACAACAUAAAAUUUUUUGAAAGACAUGGUGUGGAAGGGAGUACAGAUAGCAAAGAAGAUUUAACCCUGGAUAAAGCAGAGAAAAGGAACGCACGCAUAAGGGCCUAUCGCAAGAUUCAAGAACUUCAGCAACUUCUAGAAAUUGCCUACAGCAACUAUAGACAGCUGGGAGGAAUAACUGAAGAGGAGAAGAAGAUGAAAAAAGAAGAAAGGGAAAUUGAGAAGGCUGUGAGGGAGCUGGAGGCCCAGCUGGAAUACGAGCGAGUCAGGCGGGAGAAGCUGGAGAGCCAGCUGGAUGACUACCGCGCUGAGAUAAGCCACCUUAGAAAGAGCCUGGAGAAAACCCCCGUCCCCCCUGCUCUCCCCUUGGAAGCUGAGACCACCUCUAAGUCUUGCAAAGAAAAAAAGAAAGUAAAGAAGAAACCAGCCUGCAGCCCUGGAGGAGUGUUUGUGAGGCUGCGCUGA